UCAAACAUGUUCUUUGUCUUUGGCUGCACAAAACUAGGUUAUAUUUGAAGAUGUUAAUAAAGAAAAAUGAAAAUUAUAAAUUUAUGUAUAUCAAAUAUUAAUUUGUUUAAUAAAAACUUAAUAAAGCAUAAUUUUGUUCGUUUCUAUGCUGCGCCACCAAAACGUUUUUAUAAAAAUACCAGUAUAUUACGAAGUGAAAGAAAAUUUGAAGUAAUCUUAGAUCAAAGAAAAUUGAAAACCCCAAAAGGAAAUAUUUUCUCUGUUGAAAACGAAGCAUUAGCUAUUGCUGUUGCAACAGAAUGGAAUUCUCAAAAGGAUAAAAUUGUUCAAAGUAAAAUGCAUAUUACAACACUCUGUAAUACGAUUUUAGAUAAUCCAAACAAUUUGACUAAAUAUGAUAUAGUCAAUUAUAUAGUGAAUUAUUUGGACACAGAUACAGUUUUAUUUCAAGCAAAUGAAGAUGAGGACUUAUUUAAAUUUCAAAUAGCAGAAUGGGAUCCAGUAAUUGAAUGGUUUAAUAAAAGAUUCAAUGUACAAUUAAAGAAGUCAACUCAGAUGGAUGUUCCGCCUGUUAGCGACCAAGAUAAGAAUACACUCUCUAAACAUUUGAUGUCGUAUAAUUUUGCAGCUGUCAAUGGUUUUAUGUAUGGAAUUGACACAUUAAAGUCUGUAGUAUUGACCUUCGCCUGUAUAGAAAAACAUAUUACUCCAGAGAGAGCAGUUCUCUUAUCUCGAUUAGAAGAGGAAUAUCAAACUGGACACUGGGGGAGAGUAGAAUGGGCUCAUGACCUUAAUCAACAUAAUCUUCAAGCUAGACUAGCAGCUGUAGUAUUAUUCGUGUAUUUUAAUUCUCAAUCAAAUAGUGUACAGUCUAAAAAUAGUGGAUAAAUUUUUAUGUUUUAAUGAAUAAAUUAUGUAAAAUAUUUAAUACAA